AUGGCUAGAUAUAGCGACUCCGUCACAACUAUCUUCACCCCGGAUCCGACAUGCUUUACAUCGUCCAAUCUAUGGCUCCCGGAGGUGACUUAUGGGUGCGGCACAUACUACCCCCCAUUCGACCCUCGGCCAACUGAGGCCGUCAAGCUUUCCGAGUGCGACUUCCCCCGAUUGGGCCCUCCGCCCGCCGUCACCAAAGAUGCGGCUCACAGCGCGUGUUACCAGUAUAACAUAUAUGCGACUGGAAACACCGCAUACAGUGAUUGUCCCGUGGGCAUGACGGGUGCUGCCACAGAUACAAGACCAUGGGUUGAUGGCGUCACCAUCAUUGAGACAACCUGCUGUCCGACCGCCUAUGACUUCAAGGCUCCCGAUGGCACCCCCACCGCUUUCCCUUUUGUCGUCGACGGCACCACCUAUCCAGGAACUUUCGGGACCACAAACCAAUGCAAGGCCACGUCCAUCGGCGCCUUAUCGGGCCAGGUGGUAACUGUGACCCUUUCUGCCUCGCCACUAUCAACAACCGAGGUGGCAUGGGAUUACGAGCAGGGCUUCAUUGCAGCGGAGCCAGCCAAGGUCGUCCAGUACCUCUAUUUGAACGAGGAGGCUGGCACAACCUCGACCUGCUUCGGCUACCGCUGCCCGCAGUCAAGGCCCAGCCCAUCGAGGACGCGCCUGGUUCCGACCUCCGCCCCGACCUUCGCCCCGACCAAAUCCUAUAUCCCACCUCCCUCGCCCGUGGUCACCCAGUUCACCCCCUCGCCGUCCUGCCUCUCGGAUUCCAAUUUCUGGAUUGUCUCGGCGAGCUGCUAUCUCCAGGACAAUAUAUCCCUCGCCAGCCCUCCGUGGCUGCAGUGCACCUACACGGCCGCCGGUGACCCUGACCCGUCUGAUACGGCCUGCUACCAGCCCGGCCCCUCCACCGUUGUCAGCGGCACGCCCGCCUUCUACUCGGCCUGCCCAGUGGGGUACACAGCGGCAUCGGAGACCACGACCCGGCCCUACGGCCUGCCGGACUAUGACGACAAAAACUCAACCCCGUACGACGUCUACGCAACCAGCAAGGCGUGCUGCCCGUCUGCGUUUGGCGACAGAAUUUCCUUUCGCCACACCGAGGUCGCCACUACGCAGACUCGUGGGCAGAAUGUGUUCAUCUACGUGGUGCCGAUGUGCGUGGCGUCGAGCGUGUCGCAGCUCCGCGACCACACCGUCACUAUGGGUCUGUACAGCGACGCCCGCGUGUGGGACAAGAAGAAGCGCCAGGGGGCCGAGUACGGCACCACCACCGCCGUCUGGGACGUCAACCACGAUCUCCUCUACGCCCAUGGCCAGCGCGUCCAGUGGACCGUCUUCCACGGCACUUACACCUGCUACACGAACUGCAAUGACUAUUUCACGUACUCGUACCACAAUACUGACCCCAACUAUACUCCGCCGACGACGACGACCACCGCCUUGGCCUCGGCCGAGGAAAUGAAGACCUCGACCUCGAUCGGGGAAGCUGCCGCCGUCGUCAAGGGGGAUGGACAGGCCGGCCGGCUGUCAGUUGUGAUGGUUAUUGUGACGGUUGUACAGGUUGUCGUCGGGGCGUUGGUGUGA